AUGGAAGUUCAUGUUCGGUCUGCGAUCCUCGUUGGGAAUGACGGCUCACGGCGGCCAUUUUCUUCUCUCUCUGUCUGCUGUCAGUGUUGUUUCGGACGCGGAACCGAACACCCGUAUGUAGACGUGUUUUACGUUCUUCUUUAUAAUUCUUCUACUCCUGCGUUCUCUUACUCCGUCAUUUCGGGAGAUCUUUGGAGUCACAUACAAGGAAAUGUUAAACAAUGCAAUUAA